GAUGUUUGCACCACGUGACGCCUCUGCUGCUGCCGGCUGGCGCCUCCUGCCGGUUCUGCUACUCGGAUACUUCGCGGUGCAAGAAGCAAGUGCGAUGGUGGGCUUCACCAUGACGCAGGGCACCCAGGAUGGCACCUACAUUCGCUUCAACCGAGUGCCAACUAACAUGAUAGCGGAAGUCACCAAAGAGCUCGGCGCAUUCCGGUGCUCACAGCCCGGCCUGUACUACUUCUCCUUCACCGCCAUGGCGCCGAGCCAAGGGUCCUGCCGAAUAUCGCUUCGCAGAAACCGCGUACCUGUGGUGACUGCAUUUGCCAGCAACAACGGUUUCAGCUGGAUUUCCAGCGGGGCCCUGCUCUACCUAGCUCAAAACGACGUCGUCUACCUGUACCUGGAGGAAGGAGCCAUCCACGAGUCGUCUGCUCCGAACAGGGCAUUCACCUCCUUCUCCGGCUUCGCGGUCGGCACCGAUAUGCUCAUGGGGCGCACUCCUGUUCCAGAUGCCAGCGAAGGACCCCUGCCCUCACCGGAUCCGCACGACGACAUCGCUGAGCGCAUGUAUCGAGUGAAGUUGGCUAAAAAUGCCACAGCAGGCGCCAGUGCGUCGCUAUAGGCUACGAGCAGAGCCUUUCCUUAUCCACUGCUUUUCUACAAGCAUCUUUCCACACAUCAUGUAACAGUAUACCUGUAAAGCCUCGUCACUGAACGCUGAGAAUAUAGUGAGAGCGUCGGAGCGGCCGGAAGACUUGGCCAGGUGUGCACUUGGCUCGCUCAGCCCUUGUGAAUACCAUCACCGGAAUCGCUUUUGUAUCUUUCAGAACUGUCGCAAUUGUUCCUGGCCCUUUCAAUAAAUUGCCGUGCUAUCAUUCGGGCAGUAAUUAUCGCACCUGGCCUCUCUUAAUAUGCACGAA